AUGUCUGGAGCACUUCUUCUCUCACAACACUUAAAAUUUCUACGGGAACAUCUUGUUGCUUUACCUGCUAAUUAUCGAAGUUUUGACUCGAAUAGAGCCACAAUUCUUUAUUUCACUUUAUCGACACUUGACGUGCUGGGGAAAUUGGAGGAAGAGGUGGAUGCAGAAUUAAGAAGAAAACUUAUCGAAUGGAUUUAUCGUUUGCAGUUGAAAAGUGAUUCUGGUUAG